UUCGAACAACUGCCACAGCAGCAAGCAACUUGAUUGAAGUAUUUGUUGAUGGUCAGUCUGUCAUGGUGGAACCGGGAACGACCGUCCUCCAAGUUAUUUUGGAGUGUAUAGAGCGGAGAGAAAUCAUUGGAAUUUAAGCUGUCUGUGGAACAUACACAUGCAAAGGCCUGUAAAUCUGAAGCUUGAAGAAGUGCAGAACUAACAUGGCUGCAGAUGAAGGUUUGGACAUAAUCAUCAUAAGGAAUGUCAGCUAGGAUGAAGGCUGGGACACUGUCUGUCUUGUUCACUACUGUACCUGCAUCCUGCACAAAGGAAACACUCAACAUAUUUUUGCUAACCAGUUUAAAACAUUGAAAAUUGAUGAGAUUGCUUUAGAACGAGGGCUGAGGAUGGAGGAAUUAACUCUAGAGGAAAUUUGAACAUGGUUAUAACCUUCAGCCCAGUGGGAGGCUUGUGAGAAGGUUGGCAUGCAGAUCCCUCGAUUCUGUUAUCAUGAAAGGUUGUCUGUUGCUGGAAACUGCAGGAUGUGCCUUGUUGAAAUUGAGAAAGCCCCCAAGGUUGUAGCUGCUUGUGCCAUGCCAGUAAUGAAGGGCUGGAAUAUCCUAACAAACUCAGAAAAAUCCAGGAAAGCCAGGGAAGGUGUGAUGGAGUUCUUAUUAGCAAAUCACCCACUGGACUGUCCUAUUUGUGACCAGGGAGGUGAAUGUGAUCUGCAGGACCAGUCCAUGAUGUUUGGAAAUGAUAGGAGCCGAUUUUUAGAGGGGAAGCGUGCUGUGGAAGACAAGAACAUUGGGCCAUUGGUAAAGACCAUCAUGACAAGAUGUAUACAGUGUACUCGCUGCAUCAGGUUUGCAAGUGAGAUUGCAGGAGUAGAUGAUUUGGGAACAACAGGCAGAGGAAAUGAUAUGCAAGUUGGCACAUACAUUGAAAAGAUGUUCAUGUCUGAACUCUCUGGGAAUAUCAUUGAUAUCUGCCCUGUAGGUGCGCUAACCUCUAAGCCCUAUGCCUUUACUGCCCGGCCUUGGGAAACAAGAAAGACAGAAUCCAUUGAUGUAAUGGAUGCAGUUGGAAGUAAUAUUGUGGUUAGCACAAGAACUGGAGAAGUGAUGAGGAUUUUGCCACGUAUGCAUGAGGACAUCAAUGAAGAAUGGAUCUCUGAUAAAACCAGAUUUGCCUAUGAUGGGCUAAAACGUCAAAGACUUACCGAGCCGAUGAUCAGAAAUGAAAAAGGGCUUUUAACCUAUACUUCUUGGGAGGAUGCACUCUCUCGUGUAGCUGGAAUGUUGCAGAGUUUUCAAGGCAAAGAUGUGGCAGCAAUUGCAGGUGGCUUGGUGGAUGCUGAAGCCCUAGUAGCUCUCAAAGAUUUGCUUAAUAGAGUGGACUCUGACACCUUAUGCACUGAAGAGGUCUUCCCCACUGCAGGAGCUGGCACAGAUUUGCGUUCCAAUUAUCUUCUUAAUACUACAAUUGCUGGUGUGGAAGAGGCAGAUGUUGUACUUCUGGUUGGUACAAAUCCACGUUUUGAGGCACCACUGUUUAAUGCUAGAAUUCGAAAGAGCUGGCUGCAUAAUGACUUAAAAGUGGCCCUUAUAGGCAGUCCAGUGGACCUCACUUACAGCUAUGACCACCUGGGAGACUCCCCCAAAAUUCUUCAAGACAUUGCUUCGGGAAGUCAUCCAUUUAGCCAGGUCCUAAAGGAAGCUAAAAAACCAAUGGUGGUUUUAGGCAGUUCUGCACUCCAAAGAAAUGAUGGAGCAGCAAUUCUUGCAGCUGUCUCUAGCAUUGCACAAAAGAUUCGGAUGACUAGUGGUGUUACUGGCGAUUGGAAAGUUAUGAAUAUCCUUCAUAGGAUUGCAAGUCAAGUAGCUGCUUUGGACCUUGGCUAUAAACCUGGGGUGGAAGCAAUUCGGAAGAACCCUCCCAAAGUGCUGUUUCUCCUGGGAGCAGAUGGAGGUUGUAUCACACGACAGGAUUUGCCAAAGGAUUGUUUCAUUAUUUAUCAAGGACAUCAUGGUGAUGUUGGGGCUCCCAUAGCUGAUGUUAUUCUCCCAGGAGCUGCUUACACAGAGAAGUCUGCUACAUAUGUCAAUACUGAGGGUAGAGCUCAGCAGACUAAGGUAGCAGUGACACCUCCUGGCUUGGCAAGAGAAGACUGGAAAAUUAUAAGAGCACUCUCUGAGAUUGCUGGAAUAACUCUUCCAUAUGAUACUCUGGAUCAAGUAAGGAACAGAUUGGAAGAAGUCUCUCCUAAUCUUGUUCGAUAUGAUGAUGUCGAAGGGGCUAAUUACUUCCAGCAAGCAAAUGAGCUCUCAAAGCUAGUGAACCAGCAGCUUCUUGCUGACCCACUUGUUCCACCUCAGCUAACUAUAAAAGACUUCUACAUGACAGAUUCAAUUAGCAGAGCCUCACAGACAAUGGCCAAAUGUGUCAAAGCUGUCACAGAGGGUGCCCAGGCAGUGGAGGAACCAUCCGUAUGCUGAAGCAUCUACUAGGAUCCCAGUUUUGCCGCAGAUAAUUAAUGAACAACUAUAGUGCAGUGAUCCUUUACAGGUUUAUUUCUUUGUAAAGAAAAAAAAUUCUGAAUCAUGUAAUAUUUAAGGUUAUACUAUGCCUAUUUGAAAAUGAUAUUAGUUAUCAACUUUGCAGUUUGAAAAACAUGUAUUGUGUGUAAAGGUUAAAUAAUAAAACUUUAUGCAGAUGUUCUUAAAA